AUGGCACGAAAAAUGCCAGCUCGGGACGUGAUUGUCAAGCUCAUCGUCGGAGCUGGUCAAGCAAGCCCAAGUCCUCCUGUUGGUCCAGCUUUGGGUAGUAAAGGAGUAAAAAGUAUGGAUUUCUGCAAGGAGUUCAACGCCAGGACCGCACAUUUGACUCCAGGUGUCCCAAUACCAGCACGAGUCACUGUCCGUCCAGAUCGAUCCUUCACUUUUGAUAUCCGUACACCUACAACGGCUUGGCUGCUCUUGCAAGCUGCUGGUGUCAAAGAGGUCAAAGGCAAACUAAAAGGCGCACAGAAGCCAGGCACGGACGUGGUUGGAGAGGUAUCCCUGAAGCACGUUUACGAAAUUGCCAAAAUAAAGAAGAGUGAACCUCGACUUACUGGCCUCAGUUUAGAAGGUCUCUGCAAGAGCGUGAUAUCACAAGCCAAGUCAAUGGGCGUCAAGAUUGUGCCGUGA